AUGGAUGGAAGGCCAUUGCCUGAGUUCGUCAAUGAGGCGGUGUUUACUAACUUUCUAGCGCAUGGUGUCUUGGUAACUUUCCUCACAACCGCCGGUGCAGCAGCGUCUGCCGCACCGCCACACCCAGCGUCUGCCGCACCGUCGCUCCCAGCGCCUCUCUUACUCUCGUCAUUCCCGGAGUCCGUCUUACUCUCGUCCCUUGCAGCUUCUGAUGAGUCGUCCCCUCCAGGCGCGCUCCCUGUCGCGCCGUCCACACAGAGCGCGACUGUUCCUAAGGGAAAAGUGUUCUUGCGCUAUGUGGCCAAGCUGAGACCCCCCCGCAGCCAUGGAAAGGUUGUUGGUGACCUGGCAGCAACGGGGAAAUACUCGUUCAAGGGAGUAGAAUCUCUCAAGAGUGCAGAGGGAGGGGCGCGUGGGACGUGUGAGUCGCCUGCAGGAGCAUCCUCAUCUAACCCCGUUGCUCCUCUCCUCUCCCAUCCCACCCACUCGUGUCCCUUAGAUCUCUCAAGAUCCCUCAAGAGUGCAGAGGGGGGGGGGGGCACGGGGGACGUAUCUCUCAAGAGUGCAGAGGAUGGGGGGGGGGGGGGGGGCAUGUGGGACGUGACACUCAAGAGUGCAGAUGGGGGAGCGCGUUGGACGUGUGCCCAGUGUAGGGAGCAGCUGAAGGAGCUCCAAGAAUGGUUCGCAGGUGUGGAGUGUGCUGAAGAGGUGUGCAUGCUGUUGAGAGUGCGUAGUGGGUUAGGGGUUGAAGCUAGCAAGCAGGGCGAUGCGGGCAGCGAGGGGCAGCAGGGGGGAGGGGGAAGGGGGUUUCAACUGAUGGGGGUUGAAGCAAGCAAGCUGGGCGAUCAAGGCAACGAGGGGCAACAGGGGGGAGGAGGGGGAAGGGGCGGAAGGGGAGGCGCGGGGGGGAGGGGCACAGAGGCGGACGACGUGAUGGAGCUGCAGAGCCGACUGGUGGAGAAGCAGGGCGAGCUGAAACAGCUGAAAGCCGAAUAUGAAGCCUUGAAGAGCGGACUGGUGGAGAAGCAGGGAGAGCUGAAACGGCUGAAAGCGGAGUAUGAAGCCUUACAGAGCCGACUGGUGGAGAAGCAGGGCGAGCUGAAACGACCCAAGGCGGAAUACGAAGGCUUGCAGGUGAGUGUGGGUGGUUCUUCCUGA